AUGUUGAAAGACAAAGCUACAACGGGAGAUAAAUUUUGUCAUGCGAAUGAAUGCCACGGACGUCGUGGCAGUAAGGUUUCAUUCAAGCGUGGUCGGGAAUCGGAGUCAGUCGACGGUCUGCCCUCAGGGCUGCGCCGACAUGCAAAAUAUGCAGCUGAGCAACCAGAGAGCAAGACCCCCAAACGCUUACUGAAGAGAAAGACUGCCGUCGAUGUGGAAAUCCUCAAAGAGGAGAUGGAGGAUGUUAAGAAGACGCUUGCAUCUCUUCAAUCGCUUUUGACUGAACGAUACAAGAAAAAGCGGGUUUCUUUUGCAGAGGAUCUUCACUGA